AUGUCUCUUUACAUUGUUGACUUCUCAUCAGAUGACGAAGAUGGCAAUAAGAAUUUCCAGAAUGCGACACCAUUUAAACCCAAAUUCAAUGUCCCUGAUGAGAAAGCUAAGCCAAAAUACCUUCAAGAAACAAAUAGAUCAACAAGACGUAUGCGAAAUGGCAAAGAUGCAACAAAAGUCGAGAAGAAAGUUGUUGAAUACAAGCCAGAGGUGCUUACAGAACAGCCUGCAAAGGCAUCUGAAAAUCGCAGAACAAGAAAAAAAGAAAUUAUUACCUUUGAAGAUGCAGAUAGCUCCGAUGACUCAUAUACUCCCGAACAUAUUCAACAGCAUACAUCCGAAUCGGAGGAUAAAAACGAAUCAAAUGAAGAAAAAAUUUCAUUUCAAGUUACAAAUCAUCCUCAACAAACUGCACAACCUCAUUCGAGGCGGCAAGUUAGAGGAAGUAGUCCACAUCAACAAGUUCAAAACUCUACAUCGCCACAGGUAAAUACCGAAAACGAGUCGACCAAACCAAACAUAGAAAACGAAGUUAAAACAGACCAAAAAGAACAAAAACCACAAGAAAACCAAACCAAUGAAAUCAAACGGGUUCAACAGCCAGAAUUAUUAAUUUAUGUUCCAAGACCUUCAAUAUCCGAUAGCAAAGCAAAAGAACAACCAAUGUAUAGGAUAUCCAGAGAAAAGAAGACCGGAUUACUCGGAGCUACGUACACAUUUCGAUUUUACAUGCUCAGCGAAUUUAUUUUAUCUGCGAUUUACAAAAAAGGAGCUGAUACUAUUAAUAUUAUUAAAGAGGGAAGUUCAGAUGUUGAUGCAUGCAUAUCGAUUGGCAACAAAACACAAGAUUUUUCAUUGAGAUUAGGUUCAAAAACAGGAGAUGAAGUUCUCUCGAUUCGUUUCUAUCCGAAAGAGGGCAAAAACCUUGCUCGCCGUAUGAGUGUCUCCUUUUUCAUCAAAAAAGAAGGAAAUCCUGCAAAAUUAUUCAGUAGACAACCGACAGAAUCCGUUCAAGGCCAUUUGACAUAUAACUUUAAUGGCCGUUUUCACAUUCAGUCUGUCAAAAAUGCUGUUCUCUUUGAGAAAAAAGGAGAUCCUGAUUUAUUCUGGAUAAGAAAGAUAGCUAACGAGGUAAUAGAGCUCCAGGCUGCUUUUCCUCUUGAACCACUAUCAAUGUUUGCAAUAGGAUUGGCUUCUUUCAUCACAGAAAUCAAAUAA